GUCCUACGUGCGUACGCAAUACGUGGACGUGUACUUCAUAAUCCAAAACAAAUUUGAAAUUGAAGCAGGAAAUUAAAUAUAGAAAAAACGGACCAGCUAAAUUAAUAGAAAUAGAAAAAAAACACGUAUACAACAAUAUCUAUAUAUUCGUUUAUUCUGCAAGUUUUGAAAAAAAAAAAAAGACCAGGUCAGAAUUAAAUAAUGAGGUUUGAAAAAUAACAGGGUUGAACUAAUGACAAAUGAAUGUUUAAAGGGAUUUAAAUCAAUGUACAAUUUCUAGAACUUUCCACUGGGCUGCUUUUAACUCUUCGGGUUUAUUUCCCACUGUAAAGGGAUAUUCAAAUUAAUAACAACAAAGUGGGAUAUAAAAAUAUGCGCCGGUAAAUCUUACAAACGCAGGCAAAUCUAUUAUAUUGCGGUAUAAUAUUAGGUUUCAUAAUAAAACAAAUAUACCGAAAACGCAGGUUUCAUUUAUUGGGAUUACUAGCGACUGUAUUCUGAGCAUAUCAAUGUAAAACAAGAGAGAUGAUACAUAACUUUAUAUCGCUAUCGUAAAUAGUGAUAACAAACUUAACCCGAAAAUCUGUUUUGAAAACAAUAAUAACGAGCUGCAUUGAGAAAGAAAAGUUUAAGAAAACAUCGCUGCUGAGUGCCGGGAUCGGUGUUGGUAAAGGGCGGUGGGAUAUUCCUAUGAUGGCCCCUCGGCUGCAGCUCGAAAGGGCAGCCUGGCGCUGGAUUGAGUCGGUGAGACCCGAGGAUGUCAAAACUGAGCACAUUGAGACCGCAUACCGUAUCAGACUGCAAGCAUGCAAGAGAGGGACAUGCAGAAGAAACUGCAAGGGAAACCCUAAUUGCCUGGUUGGUAUUGGAGAACAUACCUGGUUAGGAGAAAUUGAUGAAAAUACCUUCCAUAACAUUGAUGAUCCAAACUCAGAAAGAAGAGACAAGAACACAUUUGUUGGGCUGACAAAUCUUGGUGCUACCUGUUAUGUGAACACAUUUUUACAGGUGUGGUUUCAUAACCUGGAAUUGCGUCAGACACUUUACCUUUGUCAGAACUCCAGGGCUGAAGAGCAUGAUGCUGAAGAUGAUACAGAUUAUGAACCACAGACAAUAUGUGAACAUCUACAGUACCUGUUUGCAUUGUUGCAGAACAGCAAUAGAAGAUACAUUGAUCCGUCGGGACUUGUGAAGGCACUGGGAUUAGAUACAGGUCAACAGCAGGAUGCCCAGGAGUUCUCAAAACUCUUCCUGUCUCUUUUGGAGGACACACUAUUGAAGCAGAAGAACCCAAGUGUGCAAAAUAUUAUACAGCAGCAGUUCGGUGGACAGUGUGCUUAUGUGACUGUGUGUAACCAGUGUGGCAGAGAAUCGCAGCUCUUAUCUCGGUUCUAUGAACUGGAACUUAAUAUCCAGGGUCACAAACAACUCACAGACUGUGUCACUGAAUUUCUUAAGGAAGAGAAAUUGGAAGGGGACAAUCGAUACUUCUGUGAGAGCUGUCAGAGCAAGCAGAAUGCUACCAGGAAGAUCCGGCUCUUUAGUCUUCCACGCAUUCUUAACCUGCAGCUGAUGCGCUUUGUUUUUGAUAGACAAACUGGUCACAAAAAGAAGCUAAACACUUAUAUUAGCUUUCCAGAGAUCGUGGACAUGGGCCCCUACAUGGAACGAAAAGAUGAGAAAUGUGUAUAUGAACUGAGUGCAGUUUUGAUACACAGAGGAGUAAGUGCAUACUCCGGUCACUACAUUGCUCAUGUGCGGGAUGCCAGAACUAAAGACUGGUACAAAUUUAAUGACGAAGAGAUUGAGAAAAUGGAAGGCAAGAAACUACAGCUAGGAAUUGAGGAGGAUAUAGCAGAGCCUUCCAAAUCUCAGACACGCAAGCCAAAAUGCAGUAAAGGAUUUCACUGCUCACGGAACUCCUACAUGUUGGUUUAUAAGCAGCAGGUUGAGAAAGAAGUAGAAAAAAGUCAAAGCGAGAUUAAUGUUCAGGUGCCGGACUUUCUGCAGAAGUUAGUUGAGAAAGAUAACAGAAAGUUUGAAGAGUGGUGUGCUGAGAUGGCUGAGAUGCGCAAACAGAGUGUAGACAAAGGCAAAGCGAAACAUGAAGAGGUGAAGGAGAUCUACGAAUUGUUACCCGCUGAAGACGGUCAGCCAUAUGAGUUUGUGCCUUUGGAGUGGCUUCAGAAAUGGCUGGACGAUUCCACAGUUACUAAAUCCAUCGAUAACUCCAAAUUCCUGUGUUCUCAUGGAAAACUGCACCCUGACAAAGUCGAAGAUGUGAAACGGAUAUCUCAAAAAGCAGCUACGCUUUUCUUUAGCAGAUACAGGGGUAGCCCCAGGUUAGAUGGUUCAUCCCUCUGUCAAAAAUGUGUAAUAGAGCGAUGCAGAGUGCUCAGAUUAAAGAACCAAUUAAAUGAAGAUUAUAAAGUUAUUUCAAACCUGGUGAAAGCUGCGGUUGACAGCAAUGAAGGAUAUUGGAUAGGUAAAGCAUCUCUUCGAAGUUGGCGACAGUUGGCUUUGGAACAGUUGGAUGAGAAGGAAGAGGAAACGAGGCACACCAAUGGCAAAACAAAUGGCGAGGGGUCAGCUGUUCUGGAGGCUCAAGAAGGGGCACUUGGCAAUAGGAAAGAAGAGGAAGAUGCGGAGCAGAAUUUACAUUUCAAUGAAGAUAUUCUCUGUUCUCAUGGUGGGCUUUGCAUAUCUGAAACGGAGAGGAAACUUGUUUCCACUGAAGUCUGGAACAGACUGAAGGUCUAUUUUCCCAAAGCACCGGAAUUCAUAUCCAGUCAGGAGCCCUGCCAAAAGUGCCAGACAUUGGAAAGAGAAGAUGAGGAAAAUGAAGCUCUGCAUAAGAUGAUGGCAAAUGACCAGAAAACCGCUCUACUGAACCUCUUCCAAGAUAAGAACAGACCCACUCUGCAGAAAUGGCCUCAGGAGUCGGAUGUUCUUUAUAUUGUGUCCCUGUUUUUCGUGGAGGAAUGGAAAAAGUUUAUCAGGAGACCAUCUAGAUGUAACCCAGUGUCCUCUGUUGGAAACAGUGCCCUGCUAUGUCCACAUGGUGGCUUUAUGUUUACUUAUGAUUCAAUGAUCAAGGGGGACGCAAAACUAAUAGCUCUGUUAUGGCCCAGCGAGUGGGAUGCCAUAAGCAGAUUUUUUCUUGUGGAUCAGCCAAUUAAAGUUUCCAGAAGAAUAGAAAAAACACAAAAUGACACUGGGAACUAUGAAUACCACACUGAUCCAGAGCUCUGUCUGGAGUGCAGGGAAGGCUUGCUGUUUCAGCAGCAGAGAGACCUGCGUGAAUACACACAGGCCACCAUCUAUAUCCGCAAGGUGGUUGACAAUAAAAUGAUUGUGAAGGAAGCUGCUCCAGAUCUUACCAUGAGUGGCUCAGAUGCUGAAGAUGAAAGAGAGGAGCCAAAGGCUGAAGGAGAAAGUGACCCUGAUUUUAACCAGUCUAAUGAUGGAGCUAAAAGACAAAAGCUGUCCAAUCCAAGCACAGCAACAAGCAUCAGCACUAGCACCUUCACUGUUCAUCAGAAACCAGGAACAAGGAGGAGUAUCAGACAUCGGAAAGUCCGGGGUGAAAAGGCACUGAUCGUAUCUGCUAAUCAGACGCUGAAAGAACUGAAGAUACAGAUCAUGCAUGCAUUCUCAGUGGCUCCCUUUGACCAAAACCUGUCUGUAGAUGGACAUUAUUUGACUGAUGAUUCAGCAACAUUGGGCAGCCUUGGAGUCAUUCCUGAGUCAGUCAUAUAUUUUAAGGCUGACGAGCCAAUAGCUGAUUACACUGCAAUGGAUGAUGUUUUCCAAGUUUGUAUGCCUGAAGAAGGUUUUAAAGGUACUGGUCUUUUAGGGCACUAAAAUUCCAUUGAAAGAAGAAACAACAUUGCAAAAGACCAAAAACAAGGAUGUUGCAAGACCUCUUUAAAAUAAAGCGUAGCGUGCUUUUCUCUUUGUUCCUGACUACUUCUCUAAACAUCUGGCUAUUUUCUGCAUUUUUGUAUUUAAACAAUUUUAUGCAUUCUCAGAGCUUGAAGGCUACAUGGCUUCUGUAGUUCUGUUGUUCAUUACUGGGAUUUAAACUUUCUUUCCUGUAUGUCUCUAAUUUGCUACGAGCUUGCUAGUUGCCUGGCCAUUGUCUAUGCUUCCUGAUUUACAGAAAACACAUGCAAAACUAUAUACUCUGUUUGACCCACUUGUUUCGUAAGCAACAUAACUUCUAUCCAUGUAGCUUUAUUGCAAACCAAAAAAAUCAUGGGGGAAAUGUAUAAAUAAUAUUUACUAUUUAAUGUAGUAACCUUGCUUUUAGGUCAUGGGCUAAAAAUAAUAUAACAUCAAAUCCUGUCUUCCUAGAAUUGGAAUCUUAGCAUAAAUUGCCGUGGUACCAUUGGAUUUGCUGUUGAAUCAUUUCAAGUGGGGUCUAUUUGGAAAACUUCAUAUAUGUUUUUACAUUACUAAUUAUGUCUGUACAUAAAACCAGUGAUAUGGGUAAACUUAUUACAGUUGUCCUAACCUAGUGCUUUAAUAAUGUGGGUCAUUCUAGAGUUGGUAGUUUCUUUUUUUUUUUUUUCUUCCCAAAAUCCAUUAAAAACCAGGCCUUUUUUAAAUAUAAAAACCUAGCUCUAGGCUUUUAUUUAUUUUGUAUUUUUUUUUUUUUUUUUUACUUCUAAUGAUUUAAAUAAUCAUUACACUUGCAUGUGUGAGAUGUUAAGGGGCUAGAAUGCAUGAGCAUUUUUAAAUACUGUAGUUAGAGUAUUAGGCUCUGCAAUAAGGCUUUACUGAAAACACACAUACUGACCAGCAACAGUAACUAACCUGAUCGUUUUUUGGAGUUUAUGUAGGACACCCCUUAGAAUUCCACUAACACAAAACCAUAGAACAGUUGACAAACUGCAACACAUCUUCACUUCACGGAAGAAAUCAAACUUUAUAAGAAUGUUUCUGGAAUUGUAUUUUAUUCCUCAUACAACAAAGCUUCUCCCUCUGGCCGUGCUUAUCCAAGGAAUGCUUAAUGGUAUUUAAAUCAGGUAAGAACUCAAGUCAGGCUAGCACGUUGAUGUUUUUCUAUUGCAGGUAAUCCUGUAUUUCACAAACAAUAGGGACAGUAAGUUGUAUGCUACAUUGUACCCUAGUAGGUGUGUUACUUUGGCUGGUUGGUACACAUAAGAACUCGUCAUAAUUUUCCUUUCAUUGCCUGGCAAA